CGGGCGGCGGCUGCGGGCCGGGGCUCGGCGCUGCCGGGCGGGCACGGGAGGAGCGGCGGGGCCGGGAGCCGCAGAUCAUGUUAUAACCUAUGAUCACAGAAAGUCCUGAUCCUCACGUUUCUCUGCUGUCACCUGUGGGCUCCUCCAGAGCCGCGAAGAAAGGGGAACUCCAGCCCCACCAUGAGAAGACUGGGUCUUCUGCGCGUGGCGACUCAACCCAUGCGGGAGCUCUCUUAUGUGAGCACCCAGCAGCACACUUUGCUGUCCGUGGUCUGUGGACAUUGACUGGCAUCUAAGCGACUCCCAGCUCCCUCCUCUCCCCCUAGAAGCCACUGUCUUAGAGCCUCCAUGUGCAUUUGCUAUGACAUACAUCAAUGUUGAUGAGAGACAGGAACACUGCCGGGUCUUGAGCUGCCAAAAUAAUCAGCUCUGUGCACAACAUGGCUUAAAGGAUUUUCCGGUUAGCAGCAUGCAUCCACUAAAGAACUUAGACACUCACAUUUUUUCCGGGGACUUCCACACUCUAGACUCCUGCCACACAGGCAAGGCACCUUUGGCCAGUCCUGUGGAAAACCGGAUGUAUCGGAGCGUGGAGAACCUUCACUGGGCAGCAGUAGCUGACUCGGGGCUGUAUUCUCAUUGCCGGAGCCUGGAUAACGAGAUCAUCUUUCGCUAUAGAGGCACCAGUCAGUGGGCAGAAGGCUGCGUGGAUGUGGCCCCGGUACGGAGCACGUUGGACUCUGUGAGAAACCUUUCUCUCCGCCCUAAGCAGACAUCACGGUCAGCGCAGAAUGUGCUGCUCCCUCCCUUUGCCAAAGUGCCUCAGUGGCUCUUCCCUUCCGCAGAGGAAAGAGCCCUCCACGGGGAUGCCAAAAAAGAGCUGAAGGAGAAACUGAGGCUGCACAGCAGUAAGGUGGCCGAGCCCAGCAAGCCACUGCGCCCGCAGGCAGCCCUGACUGAGCUGGUAGCCCAGGAGUUUUCUGAAUGCCAGCUGUGCCGGCAGCACAGGAACAGUUGUGCUGUCAGCUGCUGCACAGUUUUGGUGGAACACACGGCUCUCAGGCACGGCCUCACGGGGAGGCAGAGGUUCUGUGCUGCACACAGGACCAUCAGUCCAGAAGACAUCAAGCAGGAGGCUCAGAGGAGGCUGCAGCUCCGAAGGCAGAACAGCUCCCCCAACUUGCCCUUUCAGCAUGCUGGGGAAAGCCUGGAGAUGGCAAAAUCCAGAACAGCAGAAUUCCUGGAACAGCGCGGUGGGGAAAUAGCGACGCUGGGGCAGAGCAAGAAAGGCCGCUGCAGAGGAAGGCUCUACAUCCCCACCUUCGAGGAAUUCAAGCAAAUGAGAAGUAAGGAGGCAAAUUCACCUGCUGGAAGCAGUGAGCCAACAAAGUGCUUGAAUAAGGGUCUGAUGUCAAACCAGCCCCUGGAUGAGGAGAGCAAUAAGAACACCUGUCCCGAAGCUUUGGGGACCAAAGUGGAUGAAGCUCCCAUCACAGAGGAUGAUGAUGAUGUGUUCCAUGAAAACAACACCACUGCUGGCUUUGCCCAAUAUCCAGCCACAUGGGAUGGUUUCAGGACGAGCAGCCCUGAGGUGAAGGAGAGAACCUUCCAGAUCUCCAGCCCGGAUAGAUCCCCGAUCCCCAUUUGCUCUAGCCCUAUUCCGCGAUCACCUUUGCAGGCAGUAGCCAUACACAAAGCUGGGCAGGAAAUCUUCAGUGAUGAGCAGCAGAAAGGAGAGACAAGCCAAUUAAAUGAUGUCCUCCACCUUGCAGGGCAGUCGCUGGCUUCUGAAGGCCAGUCCUCUUGCUGUUCAUCGCUGCUGUUAGAAGCCACAGACUUGUCAAGCUAUGGAGCUAAACUACAAAAAAUGAAGGAUGAAUUCAUAGGUUCGGCCCUGGAACUUAUUAAGAAAAGCUGCAAUGCUGAGACUGCUGCCAAAUCCCCCUCCAAGGGACAGUGUGAUCUGAAGAAAGACGAUCUCCCACCUACGGAGGACAGCCAGCAACCCACAGCGAUGUCCAUGGCAACAGAGGCCUGGGAGGAGAAACCAAGCAGUGAGACAUCCAGCGAUGCUCAGCCUGCAGGGAAUACCUCCAGUCCUGGCUGCCGCCGAUCCAGCUCCGACAUUGUCCAUGAGAGCACGAGCGGUGCCAAGGCCCAGCGGGAGUGCCGGCUGCGGCCGCACUUCAGUGACCCCAUGCCGACGGACUCGGUGAAGAGGAAGCAGCUGGAGCUGAAGAUUGCAGCAGCAGCGCGGCAGCAUGCGCAGAAGCGCCGGCAGGAGCGAGACUACGGUCCCGUGGUAGCAAAAGCCAACCUCGGCCAUGGCGGCAGCUUUGAUGAGACUCGCCGUGCCCCACGUGGCUCCCUCCGCUCCCGGCACCACUGGAGCAACGUCAGCAGCCUGAGCACGGACAGCGGGAUCGUUGGCGUGAACGACAUCCGUGAUGACCUGGAUCCUGGCGAGGCUGCCCGGACCAAGUCAGCAGAGGUGGAGCGGGCAGACAGCGGCAUUGGGCAGACGUCGGCCAGGAAGUGGAGGACCAGGGCGUCCGAAACGCUGAGCUCCCUGCAGGCCUGGGAAGCCCACCGGCCCUGUACCGACUGUGGAGAAAGGGACCUCCCAGUGGAGACGGACGUGCAGAACUGCAAUCAGCGGCGGGCCGACCUCUGUGAGAAGUGCCGCAAGCGCAGGACGGAGCGCAAGGAGUCUGUGCUGGAGUUUGUCAACACGGAGGCCAGUUAUGGAGAGGACCUGCGCAUCAUCAAAGAGGAGUUUUACCUCCCCAUGCAAGCGGCUGGGCUGCUGAGUCAAGAGCAGCUCCUUGGCAUCUUCAGCAACAUUCAGGAGCUCAUUGACCUCAAUGAGAACUUCCUGGAGAUACUGCAGGAAGAGAUCGAUCAGGCCUUUGACCAGGGGGAUGAUGACCUGAUGACCGUGUGCAUCGGUGAAAUAUUUCUAGAGUUCGUCAACAUGCUGCCAGCCUUCCAGACCUACUGCCUUCAGCAGUCCUCCUCAGUGAACAUGCUCAAUGCGCUGGAGAAGGAGAAAGAGCUGCUCAGGAUAUUCCUCAAUGUGUCCCAGAACGAUAACACGGCACUGCGACGGAUGAACCUGAGGUCCUUUCUGAUGGCCCCUCUGCAGAGGGUCACCAAAUACCCUCUGCUGCUCAGCAGAAUCAUCAAGGCCACCACCGAGUACCACCCAGACCACGGCAGCCUGCGGGAGGCCAAGAGCCGCAUCGAGUCCCACCUGGAGCACAUCAACAUGAAAACCAAGCAGGAGGGGAACACGUGGACCCUCCGCUCCUUUCGCCAGGACAGCAAGAAGAAGAGGGAAGUCAUCAACAUUGAAAUGAGAGAAACUGCCCUUAAAACGGUGGGAUGGCUGCGGGAGGAAACACGCUUUGUGAUGGAGGGGGCUCUGCAGCUGGCCCAGCCCCCCGACGGCCAGUGGGUGAAGAAGGGCAGCAAGACCCUCAAGUUCCAAAACAUGCAGGUCCUCCUGCUGGUCAACAUGAAGCGUGUGUCCGAGUCCAGCCUGGAGCUAGCUGAGCCAGGGCCCGUGAAGGAUGCCGUGCUGGUGCUCAUCAGGGACAAAAACAAUGGCAAGUUCCAUUUGCUCAGGGAGCCCUUGAGGCUGAGUAAUUGCAUCGUCUCCACCGAUCCCGACUGUGACGACACUUUUGAACUUAUUGAGAUCAGACGGGAGGCGUUUGUGUUCCGGGACAGCGACCGGGCACGGACUCACCACUGGUUCAGGCAGAUCAGGCGCUACUCGAGGGAGCUGGGCUCCUGGAAGAAGCGACGCAAUGCACUGCCCAACAUCAUGAUCAGCACCCCUCACACCCGGCCCUGAGUCCUGCGCGGGCAGCACGUGGGGAGGCUCGGCCUGGGAGCCUCAGCGGCUUGAACUUGCUCCGCUCUGUGGACAACACAGAAAGGAGCCUGACCCAGGAAGACUUGUAGCUCCUACCCAGCAGCACUGGAACUGGAGUGCUCGUCUCCAGCCUCAGGACUCACGUCCUGCCUGUGGCUGAUGCACCUGCACGGAGGGGCUUCUCUUGAGGAGCAGGCCCCUGGAAGAAAAUACGGAGUUUUAUUUGUUAAUAUUGCACUGCGGGAGAAUGAUGUGUGAUGCUUGCAUUUGCAUGGAUUCUGUUGAAAGCCAGUCUUGACAACAUGAGAGAGGUUUCCACCAUUGACUAUAUUUCAUCAGCAUUAGGUAAAGUCAGGGUUAAAAUUAGGUGCAGUAUUAUGCAGCAGAGGAGGAAAGUUGGAGAAAAUGUUUUCCACCGCUACUCCCCUAAGGACUAUGUUUCAUUUUUUCACCUUUGUAUGUUCAGUCAAAAUAUUUGUUAAAAAAGAAAGGUCUUUCAUCUUUAAUCCAAAUCAAGUAUGUAUCAGUUUGCUCAGAUUCAGCUGCAUGCACACAGCAAAGAAAAAAAAAUCAGACAAGAAAAAAAGGAAUUCUUGCUUUCUCACACAUGCACCCCAAAUGCGUCUAGAACCUGUGGACGAGCAGUAUGCCCCCCCUGGAAGUCUGUUAUUUAACCGACUUAGAGACUGGAAUGUAGCACUGCAUCUGAAAUGUCUCAGAAAUGUAUGUAAAUAUAUCUCUGCUACCACUAAUAGUGAACUUAAAAUGCAAUUAUUUAAAUGAUGUAAUCUAGUGUAUUUCAAAAUUUAAUUGAAAGGAACAAUUUACAUUGUACUGUAGAGUAACAUAAAAGGUUUUAAUAAU